AUGGUUCAAAUACGUAUUGUAAGUGCAAGUUUACAAUCGCCAAAUUUGGAUCUUCUUACUGCCGUACAAUUAAUAAAUGGUCUAAAAAAUGCAUUAACCAAGUUUAGAUCUGAUGACAAUUAUUUCACAAGUUUGUAUAAAAAAGUUUUAGAAGUCUGUAAUGAACACAAUAUAGAAAUUUCAAGUGUUAAAAAACGAAAAAUAUCAAAAAAAAUUAACGACAGCAAUACACAGUACAUCAGCACUGACAAAAAGAGUGAAAUGAAACACUUUGUUUAUUUUGUAGUUUUGGAUGAUUUGUUAAAUGGAAUUCAAGAACGUUUCAGUCAGGAAACUGUUGACUCUUAUCACUGCAUUUGGUCAUCUUAUAAAUUUUGA